AAAGACCCGAAAAAGCCCAGCCCCCCCUCAGCUCUCCGCCGGGGCCGGCAGCCGGGAGCGGGGCUGCUGGCGGCGGGGGGGCGGGCAGCGCGGGGCCGGCGCGGAGCCGGGACAAUGGGCACACGGCGGGCCCGGCCCGGUAUUGUUCCCCAGCCGACAACAAAGAGCGGAGCCGGGCCGGGCCGGGGGGGGCAGCGCCGGCCCCUCCGCGCCGCCCUCGGCCAAUGGGCGCGCGCAGCGAUGGCGGCGGCGGCGCGGGGCUGUCAGCGAUCGGCGCUUACGCUGCGGCUCCCGGCGCGGCCCCCCCUCCGCCCGCCUCUCCAGAGCCGUCUGGCUGCAGCAGCGCCUCAGACAGAGGAGGGGAGAGGAGGGAAAAAAAAAAAAAAAAAACCGCUGAGUGAGUGGAGUGGAGCCUGGGAGGGGCUCCUUAAAGAAACGCUGCCGUCGCUUGGCAUUGUGGCCGGCGAGGAACUCGAGGGGGGGAAGCCAUCGGAGCUCCUCUCGCUAUCCUCUUCCCACCCCCCCACCCCACCCCCAGCCGAGCAAAAAAAAAAAAAAAAAAAAAAAAGAAAAAAAAACCAACCCAAAAAACCUCGCGGGGGGGAGUCGUGGGGGGGGGUUCCUGAGAACAUCUUAUAAACCGGAUUGCACUGAGAGGAGGAAAAAAAAAAAGGCAAAAAAGAUACAAAAUAUACAAGCAAAAGGCAACAACUCCCCGGUCUCCAGCAGUCGCCCACCCUCCCUUUCCUUCUCUCCUGCUGGCCAUCUGCCUUGGGUUUUCCUUUGUGUCUGAUCUUUUACUACUGAGCCGAGUGCAGGAGGAGGGUGCAACACACACAGGGACUAUGCCCAGCUCGCUUUUUGCAGACAUGGAGAGGAACGGGAGCGGCGGCGGCGGCGGCGGCGGUGGUGGUGGUGGAGGGGGAGAGACCCUGGAUGACCAAAGAGCCCUGCAGAUCGCCCUGGAUCAGCUCUCCCUGCUGGGGCUGGACAACGACGAGACGGGCUCCAUUUACGACAGCGAGCCUCGGAAAAAGAGCGUGAACAUGACUGAAUGCGUCCCGGUGCCCAGCUCGGAGCAUGUCGCUGAGAUAGUGGGGAGACAAGGUUGUAAAAUCAAAGCUCUGCGGGCAAAGACCAACACCUACAUCAAGACCCCGGUUCGCGGGGAGGAGCCGCUCUUUGUUGUGACGGGCAGAAAGGAAGAUGUGGCCAUGGCCCGCAGGGAGAUCAUCUCGGCGGCCGAGCACUUCUCGAUGAUCCGAGCCUCACGGAACAAGAACACAGCCCUGAACGGCACUGUCCCCGGCCCCCCGAACCUGCCCGGCCAAACCACCAUCCAGGUGCGGGUGCCUUAUCGUGUGGUGGGCUUGGUCGUGGGGCCCAAGGGGGCCACCAUCAAGCGCAUCCAGCAGCAGACGCACACCUACAUCGUGACCCCGAGCCGUGACAAGGAGCCCGUCUUCGAGGUGACGGGCAUGCCUGAGAACGUGGACCGGGCCCGGGAGGAGAUCGAGGCGCACAUCGCCAUGCGCACCGGUGGCAUCAUCGAGCUGACGGACGAGAAUGACUUCCACGCCAACGGCACGGACGUGGGCUUCGAGCUGAACGGCACGGGCAGCCUCUGGAGCAAGCCCACGCCGCCCAGCAUCACGCCCACCCCGGGCCGCAAACCCUUCUGCAACUACCGCAACGACAGCUCCAGCUCGCUGGGCAGCGCCUCCACCGACUCCUACUUCGGGGGCGGCACGGGGGGGGGCGGCGCCCGCCUGGCCGACUACAGCCCCCCGAGCCCGGCGCUCAGCUUCACCCACAACGGCAACAACAACAACAACAGCGCCAACGGCUACGUGUACGGCGGGGGCGGCGGCGGCGACGUCCUCUCCUCCCCGGACUGCUGCUCCGAGCUGCCCUUCGACUCGCCGCCCGGCUUCGACCUGGCCCCCGCCCCGCCGCCGGGGGCCGCCCUCAUCUGGCCGCAGUUCGAGCGCGGCCCCGCCGCGCCCCCCUCGCCCGCGCCCUCGCCCGCCGCCGCCGCCGCCGCCUUCCCGGGCGCCGCGCCCGCCAAUGCCAACCUGGCGCUGCUGGUGAGCGGCCCCCGGCGGGGCGGCGGCGCUCCGCCCCCGGCGCGGCUCUCCCCGCCCCUGCACGGCAGCGCGGCGGGGCCCGAGCACCCGCUGGCGCGGCGGGUGCGCAGCGACCCCGGGGGGCGGCUGCUGGCCGCCUCCUACCCGCUGUACGCCAACGGGCUGGGCUCCCACCUGCCGGGGCUGCCCUCCGACUCGUCGGCCUCCUCCUCCUCCUCCUCCAGCUCCUCGUCCAGCUCCUCCUGCUCCUCGUCGGGCGUGCGGCGGAAGGGCAGCCGCGACUGCUCCGUCUGCUUCGAGAGCGAGGUGAUCGCCGCGCUGGUGCCCUGCGGCCACAACCUCUUCUGCAUGGAGUGCGCCAACCGCAUCUGCGAGAAGACGGAGCCGCAGUGCCCGGUGUGCCACAGCGCCGUCACCCAGGCCAUCCGCAUCUUCUCCUGAGAGCCCCGCCGCGGGCGGGCCGGGGGGCGGCGGCCGGGGCCCGCCGGGGCCGGGGGCUGCGGGCGGCGGGCCGGGGGAGGGCGGGGGGUGGUGGUGGUGACCGCGGGUGCAUGCUAUACAUAAUAACGGGCGACUCCAUUCUAGUGCUAGGCUAGUUUUUACACUGUACUUUAAUACGAAGCUUCCAAAACUCUCUCUCUCUCCCCCCCCCCUUUU